AUGUCCGGUUUCAAGAGUCUUGCCCUGCUAUUGGCAGCUCAGCUCGCCAAUGCUCAGGGUGGCUACCCUAAUCCUCCCGUUGAUGGUUUGCCUUUCCCUGGUACCAACUACCCUGGCUCCGAAGUCCCCUACGCCGUGGCUGGUGCAAAGUUCAACCAGACCUCUCCCCCUUACUACCCUUCUCCCUGGGGAACCGGUGCUGGAGAAUGGGCAGGUGCUUAUGAGAAGGCCAGAGCAUUCGUCUCUCAAUUGACUCUGGCCGAGAAGGUCAACUUGACCACUGGUACGUUCACUCCUUGGGAGUCUGAGCUUUGUGUUGGUAACACUGGUUCCAUCCCACGUCUGGGCUUCAAGGCCCUCUGUCUGCAGGACUCCCCAUUGGGUGUCAGAUUCGGUGACUUCGUUUCCGCAUUCUCCGCCGGCGUUACUGUUGCUGCCACAUGGGACAGAAAGCUUGCCUACGAGCGUGGCCAUGAUAUGGGCAGCGAACACCGCGACAAGGGCGUCGAUGUCAUGCUUGGUCCCGUUGUUGGUCCUCUUGGCCGCAGCCCCGAAGGUGGACGUAACUGGGAAGGCUUCAGCCCUGACCCAGUCCUUUCUGGUGUUCUGAACGCCGAGACCGUCAAGGGUAUCCAGGAUGCUGGUGUCAUUGCUUGCACUAAGCACUACAUCCUCAACGAGCAGGAGCACUUCAGACAAGGAGGUCCCAACAUCUCCGACGCCGUCUCUGCCAAUGUCGACGACAUCACCCUCCACGAGCUCUACGUCUGGCCUUUCGCUGAUGCUGUUCGUGCUGGUACCGGCAGUGUCAUGUGCUCUUAUAACCAGGCCAACAACAGCUACGUCUGCCAAAACUCUCACCUCCUGAACAAGGUCCUCAAGGCCGAGCUCGGUUUCCAAGGCUUCGUCGUCUCUGAUUGGGCUGGUCAACACUCCGGUGUUUCCAGUGCUCUCGCUGGUCUCGAUAUGACCAUGCCCGGAGAUGUCAGCUUCGACAGCAAGACUUCGUUCUGGGGUGCCAACCUCACCAUCGCCGUUUUGAACGGAACCGUCCCCCAAUACAGAAUCGACGAUAUGGCUGUUCGUAUCGUUGCUGCCUGGUACCUCGUCGACAGAGAGGACACUCAGCUCGAGGAUGGCCCCAACUUCUCCUCGUGGACCUCAAGAACCGAAGGAUACCGUCACUACAUUGCCCAAGAAGGCUUUGAGAAGAUCAACUCUCACGUCGAUGUUCAGGGCAACCACCGCGACAACAUCCGCGAGGUCGCUGCCAAGGGUACUGUCCUGCUGAAGAACAAGGGCGGUCUGCCGCUCAAAGGAACUGAACAACUCGUCGGUGUUUUCGGCGAAGAUGCUGCCGACAACCAAUACGGUCCCAAUGGCUGCUCAGACCGUGGAUGUGACAACGGUACCCUUGCUAUGGGAUGGGGAUCAGGAACUGCCAACUUCCCUUACCUGGUUGCCCCUCACACUGCCAUCGAGAAUGAAGUCCGCUCCCACGGCAAGUCUGUCGAGAGCAUCUUGGACAGCUACGCCUACAGUCAGAUUGAUGUUCUUGCCCAACGCACUGACGAAGUCAAUGGUGCUUGCAUUGUCUUUGCCAACGCAGAUGCUGGUGAGGGCUAUAUCAUCGUCGACGGCAACCAAGGAGACCGCAACAAUCUUACUCUCUGGCAAGGUGGUGAGGCUGUCAUUGAACACGUCUCAUCUCUCUGCAAGAACACUAUCGUUGUCCUUCACACAGUCGGUCCCGUUCUGAUCAACGAUUGGUACGAACACGAGAACAUCACUGCCAUCCUUUGGGCUGGAGUUCCCGGACAAGAGUCAGGCAACGCCAUCGUCGAUGUCCUCUACGGCAAGGUCAACCCCUCAGGCAAGCUUCCUUUCACCAUGGGCAAGACACGCGAGUCGUACGGUACCGAUCUUCUCUACGAGUACAACAACGGUGGUGCUCCUCCUCAGACCCAAUUCGAGGAGGGUGUCUUCAUCGAUUACAGAGCCUUUGACAGAAGCGGUGAAACCCCUGUCUACGAAUUUGGUUACGGACUUUCGUACACCAACUUCAGCUACUCUGACAUCUCGGUCUCGGUCAACACCGCUGCUCCCGCCUACAAGCCUAACUCAGGCUUCACCGAUGCCGCUCCUAUCUACGGCACUGUUUCGAACAACUCUGCCGACUACGUCUUCCCCGAUGACGUUAGGCGCAUCGAGUACUACAUCUACCCCUUCCUUAAUUCGACCAGCCUUCGCGCUUCCUCAGGCGACCCCUACUACGGCAGCAACUACAGCUUCCCCGCCGGUUCUUCGUCCAGCGCACCCCAGCCUCUCCUUCCUGCUUCAGGAGCAUCAGGCGGUAACCCCGGUCUGUACGAUGUCCUCUAUACCGUCACUGCCACUGUUACCAACACUGGCGCCGUUGAGGGCGAGGAAGUCCCUCAGCUCUACAUCUCCCUUGGUGGUCCCAACGACCCGGCCGUUGUCCUCCGCCAGUUCGACAAGUUCUCAAUCGCCCCCGGUGCCUCCAAGACCUUCACUGCCGAGAUUACUCGCAGAGACGUCAGCAACUGGAGCCCUGAGCUUGACGACUGGUACGUCAGCGAGUACCCCAAGACUGUUUACGUUGGUUCUUCCAGCAGAAAGUUGCCUCUCAAGGCUGCUCUUCCUGCUAACGGUGCCACUUCUCCUGGUACUGGUAACGGUGGCUCCGUCAUCAUCGCACUCUACCAGCCAUUCGACUUCCAAGUCCUCGUCCCACUCGUCUUCGUACUCUACUACCAAGACCCAUGGUCCAACCUCGUGGACCACCUACACCAUGCCUACUGGCUACCAUUCUACUUCAUAGAUUGAGGAAGAGUGUAGAAAAGAGGGCAAUAUGGAAAAGAAAGAACAAACAUGUUACGCUCGUUUUUAGCUUGACGACUUGAUGAACAGGAGAAAGACGCAGACAGAAGAUCAAAGUUCUUUGACACACUUUGU